AGUUUUUUAUUAAUCCACACGGUGUAUGGAAAGUGCUCCUGGAUGGACCUGGGCGAACACAGCUGGUCCAUGGUCAAGCGAGAAGCAUCCAGCAGCCCCGGCUCACCGGCUGAUCACACCUACCUGUCCGGUGACAGCAGGAGGGACGGGUCCGCCUCCGAUGAGCUGAGGACACCGGCGCCUCCGAGCGACCUUGACGCACUGGGGCACCGUAGAUCGCUACACUCCUACGUGCACUUCGGACACCAUAACGCCACCCUGACCGCCUCCGAGGACAUGCCGCUGUUCACGGAUUUAGACCAGGGCGGCAAACUGGUCCUCUCCGGCAGCGCGCACAAGGCAGGCCUGCUGGUGGACCCGACCGACAUGUACCAAACCCUGGCCAUUGCCGCGGCGCAGAGCCAAACUGGAUAUGAUUCCUCCUCCGGGGGUUACAUGCACUCCAACCCCAACUCCCCCGUGUACGUGCCCACCUCCCGCGUGAGCCCCAUGAUAACCAGCCUCUCAUACCUGCAAGCCAGCGGUUCUGCGCAGCCGAGCCACGGCGUCUCCAGCCAUUCGGUGUGGUCGCAGUCGACCCCGGAGAGCCCGUCCUACAGCACCGGGAGCCCGCACACCUCCAGCCGCUUCCACUACCCCCCGAGCCCGCCUAUGAACAACGGGACUCCGCGGGACAGCGGCUACAGCAACACGCUGAACAUGAGCAGCCGAGACCAGUACGGCCUGUCCCGGCCUCUGAGCGGGACCUACCCGAGUCCCUACUCCCCGUACGUGGCUCCGCAGCUGUCCCAGCUGCCCUCUCCGUGGAGCGGCGGGGCUUUUGAGAACACGAUGCUGCACACGCUGCAGAGCAGAGGAGCGCCGCUGAUCCGAGGACCAAACGGAGUUCCAGAUUUUCUCGACGAUAUGGGAGAGAGCAGAGAGUGCGUAAACUGCGGCUCCAUGUCCACGCCGCUGUGGAGGCGCGACGGCACCGGACACUUUCUGUGCAACGCCUGCGGCCUGUACAGCAAAAUGAACGGGCUGAGCAGACCGCUGAUUAAACCUCAUAAACGGACGUCGACGUCCAGGAGAAUCGGCCUGUCGUGCGCAAACUGUCAAACCAGCACAACCACCCUGUGGCGCAGGAACGCGGAGGGGGAGCCGGUGUGUAACGCGUGUGGACUCUACACAAAAUUACACGGGGUGCCUCGACCUCUGGCCAUGAAGAAAGAAGGUAUCCAGACCAGAAAAAGAAAACCGAAAACUUUGAAUAAAACAAAAGGCUCCUCUGGAAACAGCAGCGCUGUGUCUAUGACCCCAACGUCCACAUGUUCAUCCAAUUCAGAGGAUUGCUCCAAAACCAGCUCUCCGUCUGCACAAGUGUCAGGGGUCAGUUCCUCUGUGCUGUCCAGUCCGACAGAGGGAACAGGCUCCGGCUCAGCCGUGAAGUACUCAGGACAGGACGGCCUAUACGGUCUGUCGCAGCCAUCAGACGUGGCUUCAGUGCGGGGUGAACCGUGGUGCCCCAUGGCCCUGGCUUGAACACCCAAAUCUUUUUUGGAGGACAUCAAUCUGACCCCUGUGCCUGGAUCCAGUGCCGAGGCCUCCAAUGGCCACUUUUGCUUCCCGGCCAGUGUGAGCUGGAAUCGAGUGUGGAAUAUCUGGAAUAUGCAGGGAUCACUAUUGUUUAAAAAAAAAAAAAACACAACGCGCCUUCACUGGGUCGAGGUCCAAUGUGGAAAGUCUGUGGACCCAACGUGCACUCUCCUGUCCAUGGCACAGAACCACGCCUUGGUUCGUAUGAAAAUAUUGUACAUAUGGAUUUCCUCUCUGAAGAAGAAGUUAUUGAUUGGACACCGGAGCUUCAUGAAGCGCUGAGGACAUUUAGAUUUUUUUUUUUAUUGUUAUUAUUAUUAUUUCUUUCCUCAACUGGAACCACGCCACAAGUGCCAAGACAACUUUGAAUCAAAGAAAAUAUUUAUAAAUCUUCCACUGUUGAAAAGCUCUGAUUGUUAAUAAAGAUAUCACUGUAGAGUAGAUCUUAAACCAUUCUGUCAUCUUUUCUAAUUCUGACUUUCUGUUUUCAGUGUGCACAUGUUAAAGCUCUUACUGCAUUUGGUGUAAACAGGGUAUGAGAUGUUUUGUUUAAAGGUGUAGUCCCUUUCGAUUUUCCACAAAAUUUACUUUGUGUUCAUAUCUAGUCAUUAUAAAGUGCCUUUAUUUCUGUGGUAUAUUACAAAAUUACAGCACAUUCUAUUUCUGGUUAAACUAUUUAUUUUUUGUGCAGGGGGGAUUCCGUGACAAUUGUAGUGAGUUUUGAUCUGUGAGAUUUUGUCGACGACAUACAGAAAGAACCACAGGCAUGGGGUUGAAAGUUCACUGAGAAACUGGGAACUCAGGAUUUCAGACUCACAACCCAGAAAACAUAUAUGUAAUAAAGCUGUGAUAAAACGUGAGUCUCCCCAAUCACUCGUUUCGGUAAACCGCGUAAAACCUUUAUUUCUGUAACUAAUGUUCAUAUUGACACCUGACCCAGCAGAUCUGUGCAGGUUGUAUUACAAAUCUAGCAGAUAUCCAGCAAAUAUUUAGUUUGAAAAAUGUCUAGAUUUUAUCCUGAGUUCUUCCCAGCAGGAUCUCUAUUCUCCAGUGUUUAUUAGCUGCUUUGGUCGCUUUCUUCCCAGUUAAAUUUGACCCUUGUGGUGGUGGUGGUGGGGGGUGCUAUCAACUGGAAUUGAAGGUUGGCUCUUCAGCUCAAUUUUGCUAUCCCCCACACCAUCUAUGACAUCACUACAGAAAGUGUGUCAUGGCGUCAUGUCUCUGUAUUCUAACCCACGUGGGUCUAAAAAAUUUUAAUUGUUUCCAGAAAAUAAUUGGGAUUAUUUGAAUAGUAAGGAACAAAACUGUAGUGGUGCUGAAAAAACAAUCAAUCCUUUUUAUAAGUAAUCAUAAAAGAAAACAAUAAAAAAAUUGAAAGGGACUACAGCUUUAACUGUUCGCACAAAUAUUCAAACAGUCACCUCUUUCAGACACGUAUUGAUAUCAAAUCAUUUGUCAGCCGCUGGGUAGCCUGAAGGUACUUGUCUCACAGCAAAAGUGAACUCACGCUGGGAAUGGAGCCAAGCUGCUGAAAUUCUUUCACAUGUGAACGGCUGCUUGAACAAAAGUGUGCAGCGGGCCAAGCGAGCAAACUGCAUUACUGUGUAACAUUGACAGCCCCCCCCCCCCC